AUGUCUAACCACCCAAGCGGUCCUCCAUACGCCCCUUCAAUAGCAUCGGUCGGGGGAAUUCCAAGUAUAGGAAUCGAUGUGCCCACAUCAGCCGUCUUCAUGUUUUUGUACAUCGUGUCUGCCACUGGGCAUAUGACCAUUUUUCAAAUCAACAAAAGACGUGGCCAAAAAUUCAUCAUGUCAGGAAUGAUGUUUGGAUACUCCGUCGCCCGUACACUUACCAUGAUUCUCCGUAUCGUUUGGGCAGUCUAUCCACACGAUAUUCAAAUCGCCAUUGCAGCCCAGAUUUUCGUGUCUGCAGGCGUACUCAUCCUCUUCAUCAUCAACCUCAUCUUCGCCCAGAGGAUAACCAGAGCCGCUCAUCCACACUUCGGUUGGCACAGAGCCUUGUCCAAUAUCUUCAAAGUCCUUUAUGUUGGGGUCGCGGUUAUGCUAGCUAUGGUGAUAACCGCAACUGUCCAGUCCUUCUACACACUCAAUCCUCACGUUAAAAGAAUCGAUCGGGAUCUGCAAAUCACUGCUUCUACCUAUCUACUGUUGAUUUCGUUCUUACCUAUUCCUAUGGUUAUCUUCAGCCUGAUUGUUCCUCGAAAGACGAGGUUGGACAAGUUCGGUAGCGGAAGAUGGAGAUCAAAGAUCUGGAUUCUCCUUGCAUCCACAGUUUUGCUUUGUCUUGGGGCUAGCUUCCGGACUGCUACAACCUUGAAGAACCCACGACCAAUAAAUGAUCCCGCAUGGUACCAAGCAAAAUGGUGCUUCUACUUCUUCAAUUUUGUCAUUGAGAUUAUUGUCAUUUAUCUCUGUCUCUUAGUUAGAGUCGACCGACGGUUUAUCAUUCCUAACGGAAGCAAGGGCCCUGGAGACUAUGUGAGACAACAGAUGCAACAACGGUCAGGAGAGAACGUCGAUGAACUACCACGCCGCAGUAUGAGCUCGACUACUCACAUCCUCUCGGAAGAGGAAGUCUUUGACGACAUGAAUCCCGUUGAAAGGACCCUGAGCAAGGAGAAUGGGUCCCCGGUAUGA